AUGAAAGUUGAGGAAGUCAAAAGUACUGUGAAAACACAGAGAAUCAGUGCUCACAGCCAUAUCAAAGGUUUGGGUCUAGAUGAUGCUGGUUUUGCCAUUCAAUCAGCGGCAGGAUUGGUAGGACAAGAACAAGCAAGAGAGGCAGCAGGUGUCGUAGUGGACAUGAUAAAAAGCAAAAAAAUGGCAGGUAGAGCAGUCCUACUAGCAGGACCACCGGGCACAGGCAAAACCGCCAUCGCUCUCGCCAUAGCGCAAGAGCUCGGCAACAAAGUACCUUUCUGCCCCAUGGUCGGCUCAGAAGUCUACAGCUCGGAAAUCAAAAAAACGGAAGUUCUAAUGGAAAACUUCCGCCGAGCCAUCGGCUUACGAAUCCGCGAAACAAAAGAAGUCUACGAGGGUGAAGUCAGCGAACUCACCCCCGUGGAAACCGAGAACCCGGCGGGGGGCUACGGCAAAACCGUUAGUCACGUGAUCAUCGGCCUGCGUACCGCCAAAGGUAGCAAACAGCUGAAGCUCGACCCUAGUAUCUAUGAGGCGUUGCAGAAGGAGAAGGUCGAAGUAGGCGAUGUGAUUUACAUCGAGGCCACUAGCGGUGCUGUCAAGAGGCAGGGCAGAUCUGACGCUUACGCUACCGAGUUUGAUCUGGAAGCUGAGGAGUAUGUGCCUCUGCCGAAAGGGGACGUUCAUAAAAAGAAAGAAGUCGUUCAGGACGUAACUUUGCACGAUCUGGACGCAGCUAACGCAAAACCGCAAGGCGGUCAAGACGUUCUAUCGAUGAUGGGCCAGCUGUUGAAGCCGAAGAAAACGGAAAUCACCGACAAACUGCGAAGGGAAAUCAACAAGAUCGUCGAUAAAUACAUCGACCAAGGCAUCGCGGAAUUGGUGCCCGGAGUGCUUUUCAUCGACGAAGUUCACAUGUUGGACAUCGAGACUUUCACUUAUUUGCAUCGAGCACUCGAGAGUGCCAUCGCUCCCAUCGUUAUUUUCGCCACCAACAGGGGCCGGUGUCUCAUAAGAGGCACCGAUGACAUCCACUCACCCCACGGGAUUCCCCUAGAUCUGCUCGACAGACUUCUAAUCAUCCGAACGAUCCCGUACGGUCGUAGCGAUAUGGAGCAGAUUCUGAAGCUGAGAGCCAACACGGAAGGGCUGGAAAUCGAAGCUGAAGCUAUUUCAGCCCUAGGCGAAAUAGGCGUCAAAGCUACUUUGCGUUACGCCGUGCAGCUGUUGACUCCUGGCCAUCUGACGGCCAAAAUUAACGGCAGAAGUAACAUAACUAGAGGUGAUAUUGAAGAAGUUGGAUCCCUCUUUUUGGACGCCAAGUCUUCUGCCAAAAUUCUGACGGAUAACAAAGAAAAAUUCAUGACGUAA